AAACCAGAGUGGCAGCACAGGCUGCUCCGCGUCAAGACAUGUCAGUCAUCCUCGUCACUGGAUCCUACGACAAGGACAUACGUUUUUGGGAGGCAUGGAGCGGUAUUUGCUCCAGGACAAUAUCUCGGACCAACGAAACAGGUCAAGUAAACCGUCUUGCGAUAUCUCCGGAUAAACGGUUUCUUGCUGCUGCCAUAUACAAGAAAGUCCACAUCUACGAGAUUGCGAGCAACAUCUCUACUCCGAUUCUCACGUUUGAAGGACAUAAUUCCAACAUUACGGCUGUUUGCUUCCACAGCGAGGGGAAGUGGCUCGUGACAGGGAGCGAGGACGGAACGAUCAAAAUAUGGGACCUACGGAGCACACACCUCCAUCGAAAUUACGACAAUGAAGCACCAGUGAAUGAUGUUGUGGUCCAUCCCAACCAAGGGGAACUUAUUUCAUGCGAUCAGGCGGGAAGAAUCAAGCAAUGGGACCUCUCAGAGAAUGUAUGCACGCACGAGUUGACCCCUGCAGGUGAUAUUCCGAUGCGCUCCAUCAGCCUUGCUUCAGAUGGCUCUUGUCUUGUCGCUGGCAAUAACAAAGGGAAAUGCUAUGUUUGGAAGAUCAAUGACGAACGGUCGGAGUUACCCAGGUUCCAGGCUGUGACGAAAUUCCAGGCUCACAACAAAUAUUUGACUCGGUGUCUGUUGAGUCCAGACGUGAAGUAUCUGGCGACUUGCUCUGCCGACACGACAGUGAAGAUCUGGUCGAUAUCGCCGAACUACGAGUUCAAGCUAGAGAAAAUCCUUCAAGGUCAUCAACGGUGGGUCUGGGAUUGUGCGUUCAGUGCGGACUCCGCGUAUCUUGUGACAGCUUCAUCAGACCACACUGCACGGCUUUGGGAGAUGGCUUCCGGUGAGACUGUACGGCAAUACAAUGGCCACCACAAAGCCGCUGUCUGUUGCGCCUUGCACGAUGGGGCGGGUUAAUCUGCGGAACAGCUGCAGGCUAAUGAACUUGUCCUCGAGCCCACGGAUUAGCGCAGUUUGCUCUCUGUUUCGACUUUUUUUUCUUUUCUUUCCAUGCUCUUACGGACGGCGCUGUUUCGCGGCUCCGGGUCACAUGAUAUGGAACCAUUGUUUCGGAGGCUGUAUCAUUGUACGUCACGACUUUGUAAUGAACUGUGAAAUCC